UGGGCUUUGAGCUUUCGGUGUCGAUCCGCACGAUGGAGUUGAAUUUGAAGAAACAAAGUUGAGAGUUGAGAAUCCAUAAUGGCGAACGAUGAUUCGGGGAAUUCGGAUUCUGGCGCGGGGACAGAGCAGGGCUGUCUCAAUCGUCCCCUAUGGAAGAAGAUGUAUCUGCAGCGGGGCGGUUAUGAGCUUUGGAGAUGGUAGCCAUGGCGCAAUCGGCUUGCCCACUUCGAUCACUGGCAUCGGUGGCGCCGCUUACGAGCCCAUCACGGUGCCGGGGCUUCCUCCCGAUGUUACCAGUGUAGCCGCAGGGCACUAUCACUCCCUCGCCGUCGAUUCGCAGGGCCAUCUCUGGGCUUGGGGCAGAGACCACGAAGCGCAGCUUGGAAGGGGCUUUGCUUCCCCCAGAGAUUCUUGGAAUGUACCAAAGAGAGUGAUAGGCCUGGACCUAGUAAACGUUCGAUCAGCAUCUGCCUCAGGUGUCGUCUCAGCUGCUAUUGGGGAUGAUGGUAGUCUGUGGAUUUGGGGGAAAUCUAAGCGUGGGCAGCUUGGUCUUGGGAAAGACGUAAUGGAGGCUGUUAGACCUUCCAGAGUUCAAGCACUUGAAGGUGAAAAGAUAGUUAAGGUCUCGUUUGGUUGGGGACAUGCGCUUGCAUGUAGUGAGGACGGAAAAUUGUUUGGAUGGGGUUAUUAUGCUGAUGGUAGGUUGGGAAAUGUUGGUAGAACGCUGAAGAUGUCUCCUUUGGAUUCAAGUUCAUGUACGUCUACAAAUGGCCAAAAACUCCAAAAAAUUGAACUUGCCGAAAGGUUGGUUUUGGAAUCAAUGAAAGACGAGAAAAAUAUGCCAAUAAUAUGGGAACCUCAUUUUGUGGAAGACCUUACUGGUGUUGAAGUGGUAGACAUUGCAUGUGGACUUGAUCAUUCCUUGGUUCUUUGCCGUGAUGGCACCCUCUUAAGCUGUGGCAGCAACAUAUAUGGGCAAUUGGGAAGAGCUAGGCAAGAUUUGGGAUUGUUACCAGUUGACACAAGUUUCCAUGUCAAAUCUGUAGCAGCAGGGCUUGGUCAUUCUCUGGCAUUAUGCCAAGAUACUUCCAACAGAGAAAUAAGAGACGUGGUAAGUGUCAUCUCAUGGGGAUGGAAUCAGACGCCUCAGCUUGGAAGAGAAGGACCAAACAGCAUCCCAUUGGCGAUUGAAGAAUUAGCAGGAGAAAUACCAGUAUCAGUGUCAGGAGGUCGUGCACAUUCCAUUGUUCUUGGCUCUAGGGGAGAAGUGUGGGUUUGGGGAUGCGGAAAGGAUGGUAGACUUGGGUUAGGUAGUUCCAGUGAUGAAUCUGAGCCAAUUUUUCUUGACAGCCUUGAGAAUUGCAAUGUUGUGCAGGCUGUGUCAGGGUUUGAUCAUAAUCUAGUCCUGGUUGCUGAUUGAUGUUGUUUAGGCAGUUGCUGAGAGAUUUCUCUACGGUUUGCUUCUUAGAAUGUAUUUACUAUGAUUCCUUGCAUCCAGUUGUACAAAAAGAAGAAAUUUAUUGGGCU